AUGUCUUUUGACGGCGGAAUUCAACAGGGAUGCAUCACGCUCAUUGUGCACCGCGCUGAAUCGCUCGUGGCCCUCAACUCCGACGGCACAUCCAACCCAUUCGUCACCGCCACGAUUGGCCACCAGUCGCACGUCACACCCGUCGUCAACGGCAGCACGAACCCAGUGUUCGACACCACCUUUACCUUUUCCGCCUGCCCGCUGCCGACGAUACUGACGGUGAAGGUGUACAACAAAGCAGCGGGCACCGGGGCGGAGGAGCUGCUCGGCAGUGCGACGCUGACGCUAUUCUCGGCGUCGCCCUNUACGCGUCGCUCAGUGCAGCUGAGUCACGGCGGGAAUGUGUCGCUCUCGCAGAAGGCACGUGACGGCUGCGGCACCAUCGACAUAUCGUAUGAGGUCGUACUACAGGCCCCGCAGACCCAACAGCCCCCAGCCAACAAUGACCUCCCCGACUUUCUGCGUGAGGACAACGGCCCAAUGAACUUCACUUCGGCCUACGCUGCAGUUACAGCAGCAACAACGGCAGCAACGACAACGGAACCGCCACCGCCGCCGCCGCCGCCGCCGCCACAACUACAACCACAACCAAAGCUGCAACUCCAACUGCCGACGGAGCCAGCGGUCCCGAAUGCGGACUUCGGUGUUCCACAGCCACAUCAACUUCAGCAGACGCAACCACAAUUGUUCCAGCAACAGCUACAGCCCGAGUCUCACCCGCAGGCUCCGGUAGUACCUCAGCUACAGAACUUGUCCCAACAGCUGCUGUGCCCACCUGAGAUUCCCGCUGCACCGUUUCCAAGGCAGUACACCUUCCAAACAACAGGUGCACCGCUUGGAACAGCGGCGACUCCGCCAGCCCUACAGAACGCGAACGAUCUUGUGACGGCUGUGACACCUAAAGUGUUUGCCUCACCGCCCCCACCAAAUGGACCGCCACUGCAGCAGCUGCCUGCUAGCCCAUCGUUUGCUGUCGCGCGUGGCAUAGAUGUGCCAAAAACGAUAAAUAUGUCCAACGACCAGUAUCCCAGCGCUGCAAACGCGCCCAUUGUUCCAAGUGGUCAACCGCUCCUAUCCAUGAGGCCGUUCACUCAUGGUGCCUCAUCAUUAGACAAAAGCGAGAGUGCUCAGCAGGUGAUGAACGUUGGCAGCACUGCAGUUCAGGGAGGCGGUCAGCCGCAGGUUCCGCCUCUGGGCCAGCCAGCAUACCGACCAGCAGCAGCGGUGACCCCGCCGUCGACGCAGAGCACUCUUACGACCGGCACCAGUGUGACGCCGAGCUCAACACAUGAUAGUAGCCUCGGUGGGCCGCUUCAAGAAGGCCAGCAACGUCAGAAGCAGCAGCAGCAGCAGCGCCAACAAAUGGGCGUCUUGAGUUCUGUUCCGCCACCCGUGACAUCGGGCAUGUGUCUGCCCACAGGCGCUGCACAACUGCCAUUUCCGCAGCAUCAGCAACAAACACAACAGCCCUCUACUGGUGUUUCUGGCCCCUCUACUGCAGCACCUACUGUUGAUGCCUCAACAGCAGUAAAAGAUGAUGAGAAACCUAAGAAAAAGGUGACGAUCAUGACGGGCACAAAGGAGCGUCCCAGUUCUGCAGCGAAGGCGGCUUUGAGAACCGUGCCGCUGGCCGAUCGUGCCCCGCGCCACGCAGCGGCGAGCCCCUCUCGGGACGGCCGGCGCUCGUCAUCGUCGGGCAACGGUGUCCGAAGUUCCUCGCGUGGCCGCACUUCCUCCGCUGGAGCAGCCUCAGGUUCGACGUCAGGCAUUCACCACGGCGCUACGCCGAGCGCUGCGCUAUAUCAGCGCCCCGAUGAUCUCCUUGCUGCCGCGGUGGAGGGCAACUCGGCGGUGUUUCAGAAGCUGCGUGGUGAUGACCCGCUGCUGUCGCGAGGCUUCGAGAAUGUGCGGGACUACUCCGGCCGUACGAUUCUGCACCUCGCGGCAUGGCACGGCCACACGGAGAUUCUCAAGAUACUGCUGCAGCCGUCGCCGGCAGUGCCGAUGCUCGAGCUGCGUGCGCUGCGUUCGCACAACGGCAACACUGUCCUGCACAGCGCGGCGCAGGGUGGGCAGGUGGAGGUGGUGCAGUGGCUUCGCUUCGGACACCCAGCGACGGGAACAUUAGUGGGGCUGCGCAACGUGCGCGGCUUCACUGCAACCGACUGCGCGCGCGAGGCGGGAUUCGUGGAGAUUGCAAUGAUGCUGGACGAGGCGUAG